AUGCGGAGAUUCUUAGCCCACAAUGCUAGAAGAAGAAAUAAUUUCACCAAUUGCGUGUUGCAGCAUGGCACCUUUCCUCUACGUAUAUGGACCAGCACCAGUAGUCCUGGUCAUUUUUCUGGUUCUGUGACUUCUGGUGGUUCAGCGUCAGCUCCACCACUCACACUUGAUACCAUCAAUCCUAAGGUUUUGAAAUGCGAGUAUGCUGUCCUUGGAGAAACAUUUAUCCUUGCUCAGAGAUUACAGCAAAAGUUGAAGGAGAACCCAGGUUCAAAUCCUUUUAAUGAGUUACUAUACUGCAAUCUUGGAAAUCCACACUCCCUGGGUCAGCAGCCAAUCACUUUCUUUAGAGAGGUCCUUGCAUUAUGUGACCAUCCUACCAUGCUGGACAGAGCUGAAACACGGGGUUAUUUUAGUGCUGAUGCUGUAGAGCGAGCAUUUCAGAUCCUCAAUCAAAUUCCUGAAAGGGCAACUGGUGCAUAUAGUCAUACUCAGGGUAUCAAAGGCUUACGUGAUACAAUUGCUUCUGGUAUAGAAGCUCGCGAUGGAUAUCCAGCUGAUCCAAAUGAUAUUUUCUUGAUAGAUGGUGCAAGCCCAGCUGUUCAUAUUAUUAUCCAAUUAUUGAUAAGGUCAGAGAAGGAUGGUAUUCUCUGUCCCAUUCCUCAGUACCCUCUUUAUUCUGGUUCCGUUGCCUUGCACGGAGGCUCCCUUGUUCCUUAUUAUCUUGACGAAGAAACAGGAUGGGGAUUGGAGAUAUCUGAGCUUAAGAAUCAGUUGGAAACUGCAAAGUCCAAGGGUAUUACUGUCAGGGCUUUGGUUGUAAUAAAUCCUGGCAAUCCCACAGGACAGGUUCUGGCUGAGAGCAACCAACGAGAAAUUGUGGAUUUUUGCAAAAAUGAAGGGCUUGUUCUUUUAGCAGAUGAGGUGUACCAGGAAAAUGUUUAUGUGCCUGACAAGAAGUUCCAUUCAUUUAAGAAAGUCUCCCAGAGCAUGAAGUAUGGAGAGGAAGACAUACCCUUAGUUUCUCUCCAGUCUAUAUCUAAAGGGUAUUAUGGAGAGUGCGGAAGGAGAGGGGGUUACAUGGAAGUUACUGGUUUUAGUUCUGAGAUAAGGGAGCAAAUAUACAAAGUGGCAUCUCUGGACACUUGCUCCAACAUAUCUGGUCAGAUCCUUGCAAGUCUUGUCAUGAACCCUCCCAAGGUGGGUGAUGAAUCCUAUGAAUCUUUUUCUGCAGAGAAAGAGGCAAUCCUUUCAUCCCUAGCAAGGAGAGCGAAGACACUGGAAGAUGCAUUGAAUAGUUUAGAAGGAGUGACAUGCAACAGAGCGGAAGGAGCAAUGUAUCUGUUUCCUCGUAUUGAGCUGCCAAAGAAAGCCAUUGAAGCAGCUAAAGCUGUGAAUACUGCCCCGGAUGCUUUUUAUGCUCGUUGUCUGCUUCAUGCCACUGGAAUAGUUGUUAUUCCUGGUUGCGGCUUUGGACAGGUACCUGGACAAUGGCAUUUUAGGUGCACAAUAUUACCUCAAGAGGAUAAAAUACCAGUCAUUGUUUCUAGGCUGACUGAAUUCCACAAAGCAUUCAUGGAUGAAUUUCGUGAUUGA